AUGGUGAAGCGAAAGAGAGAGGUGACAACCCACGAUGACGACCUGCUCAUCGAUGAGCCAAUCGCUAGGCGGACACGCUCCCACAAAGCCUCUGUCCAUGGAGAAUCUGUCAUCACGACGAGCCCCGCCGCCCCAGCGAUUCCCGCUGUCGCUGGUCCACCUUCAGAUGGUCGCUCCGCAAAGGAGACCUCGCCCGAAGAACACAAGGACGACAUGAGAUCAAGCUCAAGCUUGAGCUCUAUGCUCUCCAUACCAGAUCCUGGCACGUUGAAUGUGGGCCCGCCAGCACCUGACCCCAGCGUUCCUCUGCCUACCUCAACGGAAGUGCGAAACGUACCUACGCCAGCCGUCGAUGUCGUGGAGGAGCAGAUGCGUAGCGACACGACUUCGCAGGCCCGCGCCAAUGACAGAGUUGACCCUGUCCUCACCGCAUCGGUGAUCUCAGUCCAAGAAGUAGAGGGUGCCAGUACAGACGCUAGGUCAUCGGGUGCAAGGGUCUGCCAGACUCAACAAGAUUCGACCAGUGGCCAGUCUCCCGUGGGAACCACAUCCGAUAAUCACGACAAUCCCCCAGCAGUUCCACCAACCAGGAGCUUGAACAUCCAUAACGAACCCAACGGGGUUCCUGAACAUGACCCUGCUCAACUGGCCGAUGUCUCGUUACAGUGGUAUGAGCCUGGUUCCGCCUUCAAUGAACCACUUGAAAGCUACAAGCCCGGAGGUUUGCCUGCCAUGGACCUGGGAACUGUGCUCGCCGGUAAAUACAAAGUAUUGCACAAGCUCGGUUGGGGCUCGUCGUGCACUGUAUGGCUCUGCAGAGACACUGAUCAGCAUCGAUAUGUCGCGGUAAAAAUGUUUCGAGAGGACCGAUCUGGUGAUAAUGCCGUCGCUGAACUGCGAAGACACGAUCGCCUGAGGCUAGCACUUUCUCCAGAAGACGCCGAACGAUAUCUUGUUCCUAUGUAUGAAGCCUUUCACUCCACUCACCACCACAACAACUCACGUCGCUUUAACAUCGUCAUGGGGCUUACUGGACCGACCUUGGAUUUUCUCAGGCGCCACUCGCUGGCUGUGAGGCCUGACUACGCUCGAGCGCUCGCACGUCAGCUUACGGAAGCAAUGGCCGUGUUCCAUAAGGUGGGGCUGGUAUGGGCCGACGUCAAUUCAAGUAAUAUUGCCCUCAAGCUUCGCAACUUUGAUCACUGGACCGAAGAAGAACUUUUUGAGAAUCUCGGCCGACCAUCUGGAAAAUAUGUGACUGUCAGACCAGGAUUUGAGCGCGCAGCUGCAAUGUGGGCACCUGAGAUACUUUUCGACUCGAUCGAUUUCUCAAAAGACACAGCCCUCGGGCUGUUGCUGCCGGAGAUACAGUGCAUAGACUUUGGCAACAGCUAUUUUCUCGGCGACGAUAACAUCGGACCCCGUGGAGGACCUGCCCAAAUGAUACGUUUCAGAGACUCAGAGGGACUGUGGUACAGGUCGAAAGCCGAACAGGUAUCAGAUCUAUGGGCGUUGGCCAUUAUCAUUUUCGAAUUGCGCUCCUGCGAAAAGCUAUUCGAACAACGAAAUGGCAUAGAUCAGUCGGGCCUCAACGAUUGGGAGAUGAGAGCUGCUGUGACCACCGCUGUUGGCCCCAUGCCAGAGGACUGGUGGCGGAUGCAGCUAGGCGAUACCGGUGAUGACCCUUUCCUGGUUGGACGUCGAAUUCAGAUUCUCGACAAUGGGACCGACCAAGAUUUCUUCUACGUUGCGCCGUGGAUCAGGCGCAGCGACGAACGGCUUGCGAAAGCAAACCGGCUCGGCAAAGCCUCCCCUCCGCUUCUGUGGCGAAAGACACGACGUCUGAUGCUGCAAUUGUACAGAUACUUGCGGCAUUCUGCCAAAAGGCUCUGCGUACAAGCACUGGUGAAACGUCUGAUAUACGCUCUCGAGAAACUGCCCUUUCGCUGCAGAUGCAAUCGUUGUAUCAAGCUGCCACCUCGCCAGCCAUACUGGGCUUCAAGAAAAUUUGAGCCCGAUCAGUUCGGUAUGCGUAUUGGGCCAGACUUCACCGUUGGGGACGUUGUCUUGGGGUGGCGGAUCGCCAGGAUAGGGCGCUAUGGUGAUCUCUCGAUUGAGCUCUCAGAAAGUGAUGGCUCUGUGGCUGACCAGACGAGCAAGUCAACAGAUCAAGAUGACAAUGACGGCGCCACCAAUAGCCAUCGUGACCAUGAACGCGCUACGCAUGGCGAGAAUGAGCCACUCAUAGACGCCGGGAGCAGCCGCAACAGUUUUCACCGCAAUGAUAGCAACGAAGACGCUGGCAACGACGGCGACAGGAAAGGCGAUGACGGCAACAACAACAUCGACGACGACAGCCUCUCUGGACCCACUGACUCCCUCCCCUGGCCGCACGCCCUUGACCAGGACGAAGCGCGAGACUUUGAGGACUUGCUCCUGUGUAUGCUGACCUGGUACCGGCGAGACAGAGCUACAAUUGACGAGAUCCUGAAGGAGCCAUGGCUUGACAUUGAGCAUUGGGAUUACGUUGAUGAUGAAGGCAGAACUGCCGAGGAAGUAGAACAACCUUGGAUUCAGCGCUGUAAACCACCGCCUGAAUUCGAAGAGUACUGUGGACAUCUCGAUCCUCUGGAGGAACCCGAGUACGAAAUUGAAUACAGUGAAACGUGA